AUGUCUCUGCUACAGCACCAUGAUCGGGGCGAAGCCUCCGUUUCCCCUCGGGUGUUGGAAAAGGUACGCAGCCAGUUUCCUGGCUGGGCAGCUGCAACCCGCUCUCGUGGAGCUACUGCCGCCGACGACAAUGGACAGUCCGAAUUCCUUCUAGCAUCGAACUGGAUGCUACGAUCAGAAGGCCUUGCGGAGUUGUCUGAUGGACUCGAGAAGGAUAUUGAAGGAGUCCAAAUCACCUACGAUUCCCGACUUUCUUCGCUCCGUAUCCGAUGCUUAGCAUCUGAGGAGGACACUGUUAUGGCAAAAUGCCAAUCUUUACUGGACAAGAUUGUCCAACGUGAACUCAAGGGAGGCUUGGCUAUUCCCAAGCAUGUCACUACUCCUGAGCAAUGGCGUGAGGGCGCCUAUGGUGCUUCUCAAUCGGAGAAGAAGGACUCUGUAAUGGCUUUGGCCCCCUCAGAUAUUCGAGGCUCCGUGUGCCGAACGGCAUGGAUCAUGCCCGACAGCCUGGCACAGAAGGGCAUUGUGGUAUCGAAACUUAUCACCAGCAAAGCCUUUGCGAAGCUACAACACCUCACAGGCUGCACAAUGAUGAUCAGCAGCGAUGGUCUCUCUAUCCAUAUUGGGGCCAAGUUAGAAGAAAAGGUUCUUAUGGCCGAGCGUAAACUUACUACACUGGCCAAGUACGCUGCAAUCCCUUCUGAAGCCAACCUCCGUUGCGAGAGCUUUAUUUAUGCAGAGGACCAGCAAGGUGGACUUGCCAAGUUCACAUACAUGGUACACGGAGCAAAACAGAGUCUAAAGACUUUCUUCUUGGAUCGCAUGAUUUACUCGCUGGCUGAGGGAAAAUCCGCUUAUGGAAGUGUCUUUGAGAAAGGAGUAGUUGUGACUCUAUCCGGCGGUGCCACCACACCAACUCCUAAAGGAAUAGGUGUCACUCCAGCGAUCCUUUCCAAGGACAGAGAUGAGCCUUACAAGGCCUUCUCGUCUGAAUGGCGCUAUAAAGCUAAGGAGGCAUCCUCUGAUGCAGCUUCGUCGGUUCCAUUCGAUCCUAACCCGCGUGUCACUUCAUGGAUUACGAAGUUGCCUACACCAGAGCUUAUGUUACCUCACGGUGAUGAGAAGAACACCACUGACCCGGACUCAGGUAUUAGCAACAAUCGCUCAAAAAUAGCCGGUAGCUACGAUGGCGAGCGCGAUCUGACACAGAAAGAGAUCCAUGAGCAGCAGAGCAAACUGCUUCCUCAUCAAAUCAGCCAGGUAAUCCCAACUUUGCCGAAGUCAAGCCAUGAGGAUUCCGUGCCGCUACCAGUACAAGAGGUUAUCUAUGAGCAACGAAACCGAACCCCUCAUCAGGUCAACCAAGCUCCCAACACCGUGCCAGAGUUAAAACAAGAGGAAGCACAGAAGACCACGCUGCACUCAUCGCAAGAGGGCAUGUCUGAGCAACAGAGAUCAGGAACUCCCCGAGGUGCCCAUGCAACGACUACGAGGGUUAAAAGAGGAAAUACUGGUCGGAGGCAGGGUGGUAGAAGGCAAAAUGGCCGCCAAGACCAGCGUAGGCGUAGCAACCGUGGUCGACGACCUUACCAGCAGCGUCCUACUGAACAACGGCGCAUGAAUUCAAGAAAUGCCACAGGUCACGUAGCAAAUGGAACGCCUGCACGCUUUCCGGAACAGAGUCAGGCUCAGGAUCAUGGCAAUACUGCUCAUUUGAACACUCAAGGCUCUACUUCGGCCCGUUAUGUCCCACCCCAUCUCAGGUACUUGCACCCCGUUAGUCAGACAAGUGUACCUAAGCAAGCAUCUCAAGAAACUCCUGAAGUGCGCGAGGGUAUCCUCAUAGUCUUGGACUCCGAUGAAUCAGACCACGAAGAAAAGAGAUUGGAGGAACUUCGGACCACAAUUGACAAGCUGGCUGAAGAGACUACGACCGAAGCAGGAGAAACCAACUCUCUUUCAACCCAAUCCACAGCGAUGCCCGCUAACUCUUUCGUUGAUACCUGGAAUAUGCACUGCCUACAACAAUGCCUGCCCUCGAUUGAAACUGACAAUCAGAAUCAUGGCGGCCUAGCUGAUAGCAGCAAAAGCCCGACCUUCCACAGUACAAUGAGACAACAGGCAAGUGCUCGAACUACUCGACGACUUAAUCCAUCGCUGGGUAAGGUGAAGGCGUCUGAGGACCCAGCUCCCCAGUUGAUUGGAGCCAUGAGCCAGAAGAUUGUCCGUAUGAUGAGCUCAUUAGAAGUAUUCCAUGGCAGAGUUUCUCUGAAAGCUGAGAUUGGACGGUUCUGCCUCACAAAGAUCAAUCGAGGUUAUGUACAGGCACAGGGUCAGGGUGAGCCCCUACAGGAUAUCAAGGUGGCCCUGGACAAGCAUCACACUAACCCCCGAGAUGUUAUGUUCACAAACGUGCUUACCGCAGAGGGAGCAGAUGCAAAUUACAUUGCAUUCAUGAAAGACAGCCUCGGAAAGAGAAUCUGGACCGGCGACACUCGUCGCACCGUCUACGAGAUCACCUGCUGUGCUCUGACCGCAGAUAAUAAGUAUUGCAGAUUCGUUAUCGAGGUUGACGGUGAUGAUUUCACCUGUCAAGUCCGCCCGUUCCCUACCGACUCGUGCUCCCUCUUCGUGCACUGUCCCAAGAGAUCGUGGGACUUCAAAGUUGCUCUAGCUAAGUCUCAAGACUUAGGUGAGGACUUUGCUGGGUUCGCAAAGGACCUUAUUCGCAGCAUGCGUGUCGCGCCUCAACCAUCAGGAGUACCCUUCGUGGAGUUUACCAUCAAAAAGGCCUACAAUGUUGAGAUGUUGGCACUCCGCACACGCAACAUCGCGUCUUACACCAAGUUCAACACUACACCAGACGUGAUGGAGAUCUGCGAGGUUCAUGAUAUGGGCCCAUCCGACAUCACAGAGGAUGACAGCAAGCUUACCGUUGUGUUCCAACAACGUCCCGCAUAUCAGCAACUUGGCCAACUAGGAACCUGGUAUGAGGUUUCAAUGCAGUCAAAGACGGUUAACAAGGCGCUUCAGCAGAACCGCGACCUCGAGUUAGGAGAAGAAGUUGACUGGUCUCCGGAGAAACUCCAGGAAUCUGGUGCGUUUGACGAGCUGAUCCGUUCUACGAUGGACGUGGUCAAGAACAUCGAUGGAGUGGGUUAUUGGGGUGAUAAUUACCAGGACACAAUGAUCCAUGGUAUGCCUCUAACUGGUUCUACGGCAUUUUCGCAGAUGAGCGGCACUGCGAUCUCUAAACUUUCAGUUUGGUAA